CUGUAUAGUCCAGAUCCGAUUAAUUGGUUGGCCCAUGGUACUAGUCCAGUCCAGUCCAGUAUCCUGCCAGACAGUAGAUUACCAAAUUAAUAGAUAAAAUAAGUGGACCAUCCUUUGCAAUUGGACUUUGUGAUCAAACACAGGCCCAUUUACUCUACUGUACUCUCACGUUUACUCCUGAUAAACAAAAAGUCAAAAUCCCUAACUAGAUCAAAUAAUUCAUAUCUUCCGACUCCGACAAACCAUAUUCAAACAAUCACGACAAUUUCUCUGGGCUCCGCCUAUUCUAAAUCGACAGCUGAGCAAAGCAAAAUAGCCAAGAUCUCUAAAAUACAAAAUAUUAUCCAGUUAUGCCGAAGUUGAAAACGCGGAAUCACAAGGUCAACAAAACAGUGUCAAAGAAAAGGAAGAACGAUGAAGCGAAUAGUAGUACCCGGUCGAGAUUUCCAGAUAUGAGGAAGCGAAGGAAAAUACAGGCCACCAACGCAGACAAAAUUGCAAGAUCAGGGAAGCGAGAAAAGAUUGAAUCGGGCAAGAAAGUCGACAGGGAGAAUAGAAGCAAAGAGACGGAUAAGUUCCAGUUUCGCUGCAGAACCAAUGGUAUACAUAAAAUACGAGCGCAGCUCUACAGGAAAGGCGGAGCUAAUCUAGCAGGUAUCAAUAGCCAACUGGAUAAGGCCGGCCUGAGCGGCAUCCUUGAGGUAUUAAUUACUGUUGUCGACCACGACAUUGUUUCGGAUCUCAUCAUGCUGUACGAUCUAUCCAACGGACUUUUCGACUUGGGGGAAGGUAAGUUUUUGGGAUUUUGCGGGGAAGACGUGCAUAGGGUUUAUCAGUUGCCGAAAGAUGAGAUAGAGGUCACAGGUCAGGAAUGCGACAAAGAUAGACUGAGAUUGAUGCUGAGUGAGUUAGAUUUGAGUGGUAGUAGUGGUGGUUCUGUUUAUUUGUCCGAUAUAAAAGGAUGUUUGCUAUCUUGUAAUGACCCUAGGAGGUUCGUGAAGUUAUUCUGCAUGUAUGCGAUAGGGACGUUGCUUGCUCCAACAAGCAAUGACAUGGUGGAUGUAAGCAAAUUUGGAGAAUGUUUGGUAGGAGACCCUAUCAACAUACGAAGGUAUAACUGGUCAGGUUUUGUAACUCGAAAGUUGAGGGAAGGACUGGCUGAACAUCCUUCAAUCUACUAUGCUUCAAUCGAAUGAUUCAAAUAAUAACUAAUAUAUACAAAGUCUCUAA